CCCCCUUUCAAUUCAUCGAUGAGUUUGCAAAGAGGAAUGAACUUAUGUAUAAUCUGUCAAAUUCUAUGUCUGCCCUCAAAAUGUUCCUCUAAUAGUUAGUUUUAAAAGAAUUACCUGCAAUUUUGCUAUGGAUAGCCGUACAAUUAAUAUAUGUGGUGUGGGAAUUUGUCAAUUACUACUCUUCUCCGGCUAUUUUGCUUUGUUGGAUCUUCAGAAAACCUUAUUAGCGAGUGCGCACGAUGACAACCCUAAUUUCAACGUUGAUGGAUACACUCUUUCCGGAGUUAUAUACACAUCUUUCUCGCUCAGUGUACUCCUCACUCCCUCAGUUAUUUCAUCCAUUGGUCCCCGAUUGACGAUGUUUAUUGGAGCUCUAUGCUAUUUAGCCCCUCCCGUGGCAAUGUUCCUAGAGAAUAGUUGGUUUCUAUACGUAGCCGUUUCACUUAAGGGCAUUGGUGGAGCUCUAACGUGGACUGCAAGUUCAAAUUAUUUGGUACUGAACUCUACCGAACAAACACUUGCACGAAACAUGGCAUUGUUUUGGUUCUUUUUCGCAUGCGGAUAUUUUCCGGGCAACCUGUUCACAUACUUCGCAUUCAAAAGUGUGACGGUAAAAAUUGAUGAAUCCACAAGGCACCUCGUCUUAUUCGUGAUGGCCGGAUUCAUAGCUGUAGGAGCUUUUGCGCACCUGUUUCUCAGAGAUGUUCAAGAAAGUAGGAAAAAAUCAAAUGCUGACACGCCUUUGCAAGCAUUGAAAAGGACUUCAAACAUAGCAUUAUCAAGGAAUACAGCUGUGCUUCUUUUAGCUUUUGGAUACGUAGGCUUGAAUAUGUCUUUCAUCUCCGGCAUCUAUGGAUCUUCCAUUGGUUUCACAUUACAGAUUGGAGAGGGUGUUAAGAGACUCGUUCCACUGUCUGGAGUUUUUGCCGGCUGCGGAGAAGUCUCAGGUGGGAUAUUGGGAAGAAUUUUUGGAAAAGUAAAUGUAUUUCGGAUCAAUGUAUUUUUUGUUGCUGCUGUGAUUCUCAACUGUAUCUGUUAUUUGAUGAUAUUUUUAAGUUUACCUGCUGAUGCAAACUUUGGGAACACAUACGAAAAAGCUUUCAUUGAACCACGACCCUGGCUCUUGUUACUGGUGGCUUACUUCCUUGGAGUAGGUGACAGUUUGCUUAACAUUCAGAUGUUGACUUUAGUAGGGUCUCUAUAUCCUCACGAUAGUGCUCCUGCCUUCGGUGUCUUCAAGAUUUCACGAAGUGUCUUCACCGCCGCUAGUUACUACUAUAGCCGCUACUUACCCCUGCCGACUCAACUGCUGAUUUUGACGAUUUUUGGAGUCCUGGGUAUGAUUACAUUCAAUGUAAUGAACGUCACACAUGAACGGAGAAAAUCAGCGGACAAAUGUUGAUGGUUUGAAUUUCUGUCAAGCCCAUUGUAUCUUUAUAGCCAAUUAAAAGCUAAGUCGUCUCAGUUAUGAACAUACAUGGAGCAAAUGUUAUCCUUCAGUUCAUCAAUUAUAUUUUAAUUUGUAAUCGUAUCUUCAAUUAAUAGAGAAAAAAAUCUUCCCUUUCACGAGAA